CCAACAGAUAUUCGAACUUCACCCUUUCUCCCCUCUCCGUAUCAAACUUGACGACUCCCACCCCAAUCCACCCUUGCGCCAUCACUGCUACAUCAUCCUCAAGCGCUCUUCCUCAGUUAGCUCUCAGCAUCUCGUCCAACUGGAGCGUGCGGUAUUUCAGUCCGGAUCACUUCUCCACUCAGCACGUGGUGCUGCGAAAUUUCUCUUGUGGUUAAGUUAUUCCCCAGCAAAAAAAAACUGAGAUUGUUGAAGAAAAAAAUAAUCUGAGCACUUUUCAUGUUUUCUAAUCAGUAAAACAUGCAAAAAGUCGAUUUUGUGAAAAUGUUGGAAAUUGUCGGAUUGUUGUUUUUGUUGUUUUUGGCGGCUGAUGGGGCAGAGCCGGCCGCAGCUUCGGACGUUGAGCCCCGCAUGAUUCCGCAAAGUUUUCCGGGAAGAUGUAAGCGCUCCCCACCGGGGGUUGCGAUCCCGAAAGUUCCGGGAGACAAUGGAUUCUAUAUCAGAAUAUCGGGAAAUCCGGAAAAGUACCAGCCGGGUGAACUUUACACAGUGACUCUUCAAGGGUACAGUUCUCAGUUUGCAGUUCAAAAAUUCGUUGGUUUUAUGUUGAUGGUAGAACCUAAAGAAAUAAAAAAUGACAUUUCAGCAAGGCCAGAUGUCGGUUCGUUUCAGCUCUUUGGAGACGCAAUGUGCAAGUACUCUGAAGAAUGUCCCAACGCCAUUGUUCAUGCAUCUGGAAUACCAAAGCAAGAUAUUCAAGUGAUGUGGAAAGCGCCACCUGCUGGGACGGGAUGCGUUGUAUUUAAGGCAACAGUACAGGAGAACAGAGAACUGUGGUACAUGGACGAAGGAGGUCUAAUUAGAGAACUUUGUGAAGAAGAGCAAGAAAAUCAGGACGAACAACCGGAAAUCAUCGAGGAAUGUUGUGCCUGCGACGAAGCGAAAUACGAGCUCACAUUUGAAGGAAUAUGGUCGAGACAUACUCACCCGAAAGACUUCCCCACAAAUGAGUGGCUGACUCACUUCUCAGACAUUAUUGGUGCCUCUCACACUGGAGAUUUUCGUAUGUGGGAAUAUGGCGGCAUCGCCUCAGAAGGAGUAAAGGAAGUUGCCGAAAGAGGAAUCACAAAACGCUUGGAAUCUGAAUUGAAAACAGAGUCAAACAAAAUCCGCACCAUCAUCAAAGCGAGAGGGUUGUGGUAUCCGAAUGUUCAAGGCAAAACUUUCGCAGUUUUCCGAGUAGAUAAAUUUCACCAUCUGAUGUCUUUUCUAACCAUGCUGGGCCCCAGUCCAGACUGGAUUGUUGGUGUAAGCGCGUUAGAGCUGUGCCUGAAAAACUGUUCUUGGGUGGCUGAAAAGGUCAUGAAUCUCUAUCCAUGGGAUGCAGGCACCGACAGCGGUUUGACAUACAUAACUUCCAAAAUGGCAACCGUGCCUCAAGAGAAAAUCCGUCGAAUCACGUCAUCCACCCCUAACAGCCAUCUCUCUCCCUUCUAUGAUGCAUCUGGAGCCCCAAUGAAGCCUGUUGCUAAAUUAACUGUCACUCGACAGAGGGUCUACGAGAAACCCUGCGAGGACUACGAAGUUCCAGGAACUUCGACAGCUUCUUAUAGCAACGAAGACGACGACGAAAGAAUGGAAUGCCGUGUCAGUGAUUGGACAGAUUUCCAACCUUGUAGCGUGACAUGUGGUCAGGGCUUCAAGAUGCGCUCGCGACAGUAUUUCAAUAAGCAAAAAGCAGAAAUGGCCGGUUGCACAGUACAGCUUGUUGAUAAGGAAAUUUGUAACUCACAUUGUGUUGGAGAUGUUAGUUGCCGUACAACGGAAUGGGGUGAGUGGUCGGAAUGCAGCGUCACUUGUGGCAAGGGUCUCAGGACUCGGAGUCGAAAAUAUUUGGACAACCGAGCAAGAAAAACGUGUGCCCUAGAGCUUAUGGAAAAAGAAACCUGUAUUGGCAUAAAACCUAUUUGCGACGUAGAAGAGAAAUUGCCAGGCAAGAAAAGUAUGAAGAAAAAACCAGAGGAAGAAACAAAGCAGAACGAGCAAGCUGCUGCAGAACCAAAUGAUCCUAAGUGUGCCGUGACUCACUGGUCCGAAUGGUCCCCUUGUACUGUGACUUGCGGCAAAGGACUAAAAGUACGUACUAGGCUGUACCUAAGUCCAGCAGCUCUAAGCAUGUGCAAUGUUGAACUGAUGCAGAAAGCACCGUGUACGGCUGACAAACCGGACUGCACUGUCAACCUCACUGAAGCCAAAAAGAACUGUAUGCAACCAAAGGAAGUAGGUCCUUGCAGAGGAUACUUCCCAAGAUGGUAUUACGAUGUGGGCAGGACAAUGUGUCUUCAAUUCAUAUAUGGAGGCUGCAGAGGGAACAGGAAUAACUUCGAAAGAUACGCCGAUUGUAACCGGAUGUGUGAAACUAUGCUGAGAGCUCCACUGAGCGCUCUCACCCCACUCUCCACAUCCCCUGCGCUCCCCAUCGACAACAAGGAUCAGCCAGUGAUCGACUGCGUCGUCACCCCUUGGUCAGAGUGGUCACCCUGUUCUCACACCUGCGGCAAUGGCCGGAAAGAGAGGAGAAGGAUGAUCAAGCUCAAUCCGGAAAAUGGCGGGAAACCUUGUCCUGCCAAAUUGGUGCAGAGAAGAAAAUGCAAGGAAAAUCCUCCAUGCCCUGACAGAAUGGGUGAUAAAGAGGCAGUCGAUUGCCAGCUGAAUCCGUGGUCAGAGUGGACACCGUGUUCCAAAACAUGUGGUCAAGGAGCCACUCAACAAAGGACGAAGACAGUCAAAGUUCCACCGAAGAACAAUGGAGCGGCAUGUGGACCGAAAAUAGAGAGAAAAUAUUGUACUUUACAACCUUGUCCUCUAUAUUAAAGAACAUAAGAUUAGAAAGAAUUCAAGACGGAUGAUAUUGGCUGAUUGUAAAAAGUAAUUUUCACAUAUCAUUUCAAAAAGUAAGCAUCUUACUUUACAUCAGAGCUGAACAUACUGAAAGUGGUACUGUACCCCAACAAAUCUGUGUGCCGUAGCUGAAACUAACGCCAAAGCAAGAUGUGGAAUCUUGAGUGACGCUAGAGGAUAAAAACAGUUCGAAUAUAUUUGCCGAAUUGAAGACGCCAGAAGUUGAUCAAAUAAUUCUCAAUUUGAAUUCAGCGAUUUGCCAUCGUGGAAAAUGUUGAAAAAACAAAAUGUAGCACACUUUGAUUAUUUCCUCGAAAAAUUAUUAUUUGUUAGAUGUGUGUGUAUAAGAUAACUUGUACUUACGCUAUGAAGCAACUUGUUUAUUUCUUUACGUAGAUGGUAGUAAAAAGUAACCAGUGACCGUGUAGGGUGUAUUUCCUAUUCAGUCGUAAAUUAGGAAAUGUCGAGUUAGAACGAGGCCGGAUUGUGUGGACGCUUCGACGAAACUGUGCAGAGUAACUAUAUAACAAUGUCACGAUUGAAUGCCAAAGUUUUGCAUCUUAAAAUCGUUGCCAUCAGAGUCUUCCUAAAAAUUUUGAAGAUUUUUACAUUAUUUUUCGAGUAUUUAUAGUUUUUAUUCUGCUUAUAUAAAUUUAUGCGCUGUUCUUCUAUUUCUAUCUUGUAUGUUUCAUAUCUACAAGAUGUUAGAGUUUUGAAUGAGUCGAUUUUUUAAAUUCACAUAAGCCUGUUUGCACUAAUUAAUGUUACAUUAAGAUAUAUAAAGGGAAAUAUAUAUAUAUACAUAUAUAAAUUAAAUUGAAUGUUGAAUUAUGAUCGUUGUGAGUGUUAUAUAUUUUAUUAGCUAACAUAGAGAACAUGAAUAACUAUAAAUCUUUGUUUUGAUUGUAGCCUUAGUAUUAUUUUGCCAAAACUUUAGCCUGAAUAUUCUUCCAAAGUAUACAUCAUUCUACUUAAUGAAAAUUUUUUCUUAAAAAAUUAGUCUAGUUAUCAAAAGACGUCCUGGUAUCCUUUUAUUAUCAAAAAAAUCAGAAUUAAUAGAACUUAAAACUAAUUGAAAAUUUCAAUUUGUGAAAAAAAAAAAGAUUAUCUUAAAGUCUGCUAUUACCUUAAAUUAUGUUCUUUUUCUUAUUUAUUAUGAUAUUAAUAAUGCAGUAGACUCUCAAUCAACCGAAAUCGGUUCUAUCGAAUCGUGGACUAUCCGAAGGCCCCCUAGAAAUGUUGCUAAUUUUUCAGAACAAUAGGAUAAUAGAACAUCUACAUAAAAAAAUGACUUUAUAGAAUUUGUCAAACAGAAUUCGUCGUAGAAAAGCGAAAAACAGAAACAAACAUACGUAAUUUAUUACGAAACAAUUAGAAAAACGAUAUUUCUGUUGUGCAGUGCACGGGUGUCACCCGGGACUGUAAUUUGCGUCCCAUUCCGAGCCCCUCCCCUCCCUCAACACACAUACACAUACACACACACGCUGAAAAAAGAAUUUUUAAUGUUUUAUGAAAACUUCACUUAGUUCAUACGAUUUAAGAAAUAAUUUAUGUAUAUUUAUAUGGUGCAACAAAAGUUUAAAAUAACAUUCAGGAAUAUGACGCACUUUAUGUAACAUUUUCCUCAGACGCAUAUGUAACCGCCCUUUCACACAAUAUUGUGCUCUGUUAUCUUUGACAUUUUAUACAAUAUAAUUUAAGAUAUUUUAAAGAAAUUUUUCAGAAUAGAAGUAUUUAUCCUUUUUAUAUACCCUUAAAUCUAUUUUGGGUGACAACUCCAUAAGUGAGAAUCCCCCCCCCCCCUCUCCCAGUCCCUAGUGUUCCGCUACUGUAUUAUGGAUGUUGUAAAUCCAGUUAAACAUUAAAAUUUCUCAUGUUUACUCUUUUAUCCCUAAUUUUUUGUCGAAUUUGUCAUGUGUAUUAUUAAUGUCUUAUUAUAAAAAGUUUACACUUUGCGUCAUUUUUUCAAAUCAUCAAAACUUGCAUGAAUUUGAUUGUCUAGGAUAUUUGUUUUUACGGGCUAAAGCAAUUCUGAACCAUCACGGUUAUUCGGGAAUCUACUGCACCAAUAUCUAAAAUUCGCUAAAAAAAAGAACUAGUUUUUUUUAAAAAUAUCUACUAUAAAACUUAAAACUUGCUGUAAUUGAACUACAUAGUUAAAUAUCCAACGUUUAUAUUAUAUUUAUCUAUCAAAGCAAAAAUUUCUUUUCUUUUACCUUUAAUAAAUUUUCAAAACGCUACUAAAAGUAUCUUAAUGUUUUUUAAAAACAUAUCGCUCAUUUUGCCUUAAAAUUAGUGAAGCUUUAGCAUUUGUUUCCCAUCAUCAAGAGAAUCAUUUUAUAUGUUACUAGAUUUUAUGUAUUGUUUUGUUUUUCUCUACAAUAAAAUUAAAAUUUUA